AUUCCUAGAUGGAUUGUGAUAUAAAUAGAUUUUGUAUAAUAAAGAUACAAGCAUGUUAGGCGUUUCAACCACCCCUUUUUAAUGGUUUGUUCCGAUGGCUAUAUAUUCAGUGCAAGGCCAUCAACUACCCCGUGCUGCUUUCGGUUGCUAAGGAGACAAGGUGGGCAGAUGAGAUGAUGAAGCUGUUGAUGACAUUAUCUCAGUGAGGUUGGAAGGGUCAGUCUGGCCAGUUGAGGUGGGGAGGGGACACCACUAACCUCCCCAGCAGUCUGACUGACAAGCGCCACCCCUUCCUCAUUGGCAUCAGUGUGUCACCAUGGUGACGCUCAUCACAGAGCAGCUCCGCAGACAGAAUCUGGAGGAGCCCCCUUAUCACAGGGCUUUCUCUCUUAAUGUGUCAUUGCCUGAAGUGGGUUCUAGCCCCACGGUGUGUUGGCGCGGGUAUGGGUUGACUCCAGAGAGCAGUUGGUCUAUGUUCCCAUCCUCCAAGACCCAUCUGCAGGAUGCCGUCUCUAUCCUGGACCCCCUAGGAACCCCUCUCCCCAGCACCUCUGCGACAAACAUGUCCCUACAGAACUCCCCGCCGCUGCCCCCUCCUCCCCCCAAACGCCACUGUCGCUCCCUGUCCGUCCCUGAGGACCUGUCCCGCUACCGCACCCCCUGGCGCCCCAGCGCCUCCAAGAUCUGGACCCCCGUCAAGCGCCGCUGCCACAGUGGUGGGGGGGUAGCCGGCAUGGGAGUUGGCUCCGUACCCCUCCGAGGCCCCAGCUCCUCCCUCACCUCCUCCCUGCACUCCUCCUCCAGUCCCACCUUCUUCAGCCUGGCCCUGUCCCCGGACUCCCCUAUCCCUUGGAGUGUUUCCUGGGACCACUAUGACCCGCCCAGGGAGAGCUGCACAGGCUUAUUCCCCUCUUCCUGCUCCUCCUCCCCGGCCACGCUGAGUUCCUGUCGGCCCCUGCAGCAGCGCCGCUUCUCUCUGUCCCCUGUGCACAUCCUUCCCCCCCAGCCCUCUCCAGCUCUAGCCAGUCGCUACAUUGGGAUGGAGGUCCCGGCCCCCUCCCCCACACCCUCCUCGGCCUGUAGUACCCCAUCGUCCUCAAGGCGUGUCCUGCCCCUCCGUCUCCCACGCUGCCACUCUCAGCCCUGUGAUCUACGUAAGCCCGGCCUGAAGCGACGCCAUGACCCAGACACGCUCCCCAACUACACCAGGCCCGGCCUUGACUUCAGCAAGAUGACUCAGAUUCGUAGUGGGGAGCCCCUGGUGUGUGGAGCGGCCGUCUGCAUUGGUCUGGAACCUGUUUUAGGGGACUUCAGAGGAACCUUUUCACCUGCAGACCUCCUGGGAAGAACCAGCAUUGGACCGCUGAGUGAAAGUGAGGAGGAGGAAGAGAAAAUGCAUAUGGGUGUGCUAGAGGCUGGACAGCAGAGUGUGUUUGAAAGAGACUGCACAGAACUGGACUUGAACCUCAUUGAGGAGAACUGAAAGAGGUCCCUGGUGCUCUCUGUGUGAUUGAUAUUCAUAAUCAUAUCCACAACACACACACAAACACACACACACACUUUAUGUAAAUGUUUUCAAUGAAGGUAAAAUAAACAAAUGCACACCCCUGGCUGAGCCCUCAGGAACCUGCUGCCUUCCUAGGGUCCACACCAGGGACCCUUCAUAUCACUGGCUGACUGUAGACUAAUAAGAAUCAAUAUUACCAUUAUUGUGAUGCUAGAGUAACAUUGACAACCUUGUGUUAUUCAGCAUUUUGGGACAAUGUAAUUCUGCGUGACCAUACUCUAUGGGUAAAAGUGUAUACCCAGAAACCCAAUUGAGAUAAAGGCUAAGAAAUUAUGAAUUCUGAAGGUACAAAAUAGGCACUUUUUAAUAAUCUGGAUAGUUGGUGUACGACUGAUAAAUACCAUUAUAAAAAUGAUGCAGUUAGGUUUCUGUGGACACUCCUGUCGCCGUUGUACAUUUCUGAAAGUAUGGUCAGUUGCGUUGCUGAUCGAAGGCCUCAAACUGUUACACAAGCCUGUACACACAUCUUUUUUCAUGGGUUUAUUACUACUACUUUCUGAUGCUUUUGAUUUGGCCCUGUGGAAUACCCACACCAGUAAAGGGAAACAAAGAGGGCUUUCCUCAGCUGGCGAAUGGAUCUUUACUGCUUCCUUUCCCCAUACGUCUUGGACAAUAAUGCAUUCAUUCGUUCUCCAAACCACUUAUCCAUCAUUGGAUGAAAUCAACAUUGUACAUCAUGCCUUAAGCUCACUAUAAAAAUAAGCUGUUGCUGUUUUUUUGUUCAUAACAUCCAGAUGUUUUCGCCUUGGUCGCCCAUAGAAAUGGAACCUAGAUUCUACAUUCUAUUUCUUUGGUCUCCAUUCUCUAUUUCCCACUAAUGAACAGAUCACACUUGCACUGUAAUAGGAUUUGAAUAAUUGACUCGAUGCUGCAGUUGGAUCCUAUAGGGCACAAUGUAAUAAUGUACUGUACAGUGGUCAGGUGGAAACCAUUUUGUGUGAGAAGAAACCAGUAGCGAUGCAAAGGAUUGGUGGCCUUUUGGAGAAAAUUUGUAUUGUAUGUUUUCAGAUGGAAGUUGUCCUCUUACACAAUUUGUGUACAAAUAAAGUUUAUUAGAGAAUAAUUUUGCAAGAAA